GGAGCAGGAGCAAUUGACACAGAAAAGAAGACAAAGUGGAAUGGAGAAAACCUCUUCCCCAACUACCACCACCACCGCCAGCAGCUCCGAUGAGGGGGGAGUGGGAAUGGGAAUGGGUUCAGAAACUCUCUCAAGAGUUGCUGGUAUCAUCCAAAGUUCGGAAGAUUCCAACAUCAUCCCUCCCCAAUUCGAUUCUAAGUAUUUCCACUCUCAUCUCAUCCGGGGCCUCCUAAGAACCCACCGUGUCGAGCGCGGCCGACUCUCCUCCCUCCUCUCCGUCAAGCCUCCCGUUAUGAAUUCUUAUGGCACAUUGCAUGGUGGGGCUGUUGCGUCUGUGGCGGAGAUUAUGUCAAUUGCUUGUGCCAGAACCAUUGUAGGCGAAGAUAAGGAGCUCUUUCUUGGAGAAUUGAGUACGACGUACCUAUCUGCUGCUCCCCGCAAUGCAGAAUUGACGGUUGAUGCAUCUGUAAUAAGAAGUGGAAGGAGCUUGACCAUCAUUGCGGUCGAGUUCAAAGUCAAAGACACAGGGAAUUUAGUUUAUACCUCUCAUGCCACCUUCUACAACACGCCUGUGGCAAGUUUGUGAAGUUUUCUUUCAGCACAUUAAGGAUGAACGUCUAGGAUUAACCAUACUUUGAAACUUGAUGCUCAAACAGUUUUGCUGGGUGGUAAAAUCAUCAAGUGAUAGAUCUGCAGAAGCGUAGUUGAGCAACUACCAUUUGUUCAUGACAAUGUCAAUUCUUGGACGUAUAGCAAAGACAGAACCAAUAAAGAGAUUAUGGCUUAUCUCUGAUCUAGAGCACUAUUCGUACCAGAGUACAGUAGUCGAAGAUUCACUAUUUACCGAAAGCUGUUUGUCCACAUAUUAUUAUUUAUUUGCUGGCAGUUGCUCUGAAUUUGGCUUGAACUCGAAAGUUAACGUCAUGUAGCAUAUUCACAUUGGAAACUGAUUAACUGAUGACCAGAUUCCAUAUGGAUUUCUUGUGCCUUCGUGUGUGCGCACUUGAUAUUAGUGCAUCUCAUAAUAAUACUCCUUCCAAUCC